AGCGAGCGCGGCGGCGGCGAGGAGCGGAGCCUUCAACCUCUCUAGCCGCGGCAGGACGGGGGCGGCCGCCGCGGGCCCGGGGCGGGGACAGUACGCAGCCUCGCGGCACGCACCCCCGCCCGGCAACGGCCACGACACCCGGGGCGAGCGGGAAAGCGGCGGCGGCGGCGGGGGAAGGAUGCAGGGGAAGAAGCCGGGCGGCUCGUCGGGUGGCGGCCGGAGCGGGGAGCUGCAGGGGGACGAGGCGCAGAGGAACAAGAAGAAGAAAAAGAAGGUGUCCUGCUUCUCCAACAUCAAGAUCUUCCUGGUGUCUGAGUGCGCCUUGAUGCUGGCGCAGGGCACGGUGGGCGCCUACCUGGUGAGCGUGUUGACCACCCUGGAACGCAGGUUCAACCUCCAGAGCGCCGACGUGGGUGUGAUCGCCAGCAGCUUUGAGAUCGGCAACCUGGCGCUGAUUCUCUUCGUAAGUUACUUCGGAGCUCGUGGGCAUCGACCGCGCCUCAUCGGCUGUGGUGGAAUCGUCAUGGCACUGGGCGCCCUGCUCUCGGCACUGCCUGAGUUCCUCACCCACCAGUACAAGUAUGAGGCUGGCGAGAUCCGAUGGGGAGCAGAAGGCCGCGAUGUCUGUGCCACCAAUGGAUCCAGCAGUGAUGAGGGGCCCGACCCGGACCUAAUCUGCCGGAACCGGACAGCCACGAACAUGAUGUAUUUGCUGCUCAUCGGGGCUCAGGUGCUCCUGGGCAUCGGUGCUACCCCCGUGCAGCCCCUGGGGGUCUCCUACAUUGACGACCACGUGCGGAGAAAGGACUCCUCGCUCUACAUAGGGAUCCUGUUUACGAUGUUGGUAUUUGGACCAGCCUGUGGAUUUAUUCUGGGCUCUUUCUGUACCAAAAUCUAUGUGGAUGCGGUCUUCAUUGACACGAGUAACCUGGACAUCACUCCGGAUGACCCGCGUUGGAUCGGAGCCUGGUGGGGCGGCUUUCUGCUCUGCGGUGCCUUGCUCUUCUUCUCAUCCCUCUUGAUGUUUGGGUUCCCACAAUCCCUGCCCCCACACUCAGACCCCGGCAUGGAGAGUGAGCAGGCCAUGCUCCCAGAAAGAGAAUAUGAGAGGCCCAAGCCCAGCAAUGGGGUCCUGAGACAUCCCCUGGAGCCAGACAGCAGUGCCUCCUGUUUCCAGCAACUGAGAGUGAUCCCCAAGGUCACCAAGCACCUGCUCUCAAACCCCGUGUUCACCUGCAUCGUCCUGGCUGCUUGCAUGGAGAUUGCUGUGGUGGCCGGCUUCGCUGCCUUCCUGGGCAAGUACCUGGAACAGCAGUUUAACCUCACCACUUCCUCUGCCAACCAGCUGCUCGGGAUGACGGCGAUCCCCUGCGCCUGCCUGGGCAUCUUUCUGGGCGGCCUUUUGGUGAAGAAGCUGAGCCUGUCUGCUCUGGGGGCCAUUCGGAUGGCCAUGCUGGUCAACCUGGUGUCCACAGCCUGCUACGUCUCCUUCCUCUUCCUGGGCUGUGACACAGGCCCUGUGGCUGGGGUCACUGUUCGCUAUGGGAACAACUCAGCACGUGGCUCGGCCCUUGACCCCUACUCUCCGUGCAACAACAACUGUGAAUGCCAGACAGACUCCUUCACGCCAGUGUGUGGGGCCGAUGGCAUCACCUACCUGUCAGCCUGCUUCGCCGGAUGCAACAGCACGAACCUCACAGGCUGUGCGUGCCUCACCACUGUCCCCCCUGAGAAUGCCAGCGUGGUUCCAGGAAAAUGUCCCAGUCCUGGGUGCCAAGAGGCCUUCUUCACCUUCCUCUGUGUGAUGUGUGUGUGCAGCUUGAUCGGGGCCAUGGCCCAAACCCCUUCUGUCAUCAUCCUCAUCAGGACAGUCAGCCCUGAGCUCAAGUCUUACGCGCUGGGAGUUCUUUUUCUGCUCCUUCGUUUGUUGGGUUUCAUCCCCCCACCUCUCAUCUUCGGGGCCGGCAUUGACUCCACCUGCCUGUUCUGGAGCACCUUCUGCGGGGAACAAGGCGCCUGUGUCCUCUACGACAAUGUGGUCUACAGAUACCUGUACGUCAGCAUUGCCAUUGCGCUCAAGUCCUUCGCCUUCAUCCUCUACACCACCACGUGGCAGUGCCUGCGGAAAAACUAUAAACGCUACAUCAAAAACCACGAGGGCGGGCUGAGCACCAGCACAGAGUAUCAAGACAUUGAGACAGAGAAAACCUGCCCUGAGUCACAGUCACCUUCAGAAGACUCCUUUGUGCGAAGCUGAGGGCUGCUCUCUUACAGCAGAGCCCACCACCAUCACCAUCACCAUCACCAUCACUACCACCACCACCACCACUCACAGACCUCGAGGCCUGACAGCCCUGUGCUGCCCAGGAACCUAAGGGUUCCUAUGUGGAUUAACCUAUCGAUAUGUGGUCCUUUGAGGCUUCAAGCACAGGCCUGUGACGAGGACUAAGGAGGUGGCACAUGGUCAGCUGCCCUCCAGAGUGGGCUUCGGUCCUAAAAUGCAAGAUUGAAACUGAUAUGCAAAUUUCCUUUGGCCUAUCCCUCUUCUCGCUUCUGUAGGGAUGGCUUUCUGACAUGCUUUAGAAAACCCCCUCUGGGGAUGCUUCUCUGACCAAACACUCUUAACCGUUCCAAAGAAAUCAGCAGAGGCUGAGCUUUAACAGAAGGGUGUGAAAAUCCGAUUCCCAGAAGAGAAGAGGGAGAAAAGCACAUACUUCAUAGAUUCUGCGUGUGGUAGUCUGUAUUUUUGCAGCUUCUAUUUUCCAUAUGAGCAGUUUAGAGAUACAUGAUAUAAAGUAUAUACUGUACAUUUGCUGAAAUUAUAUUAAAAGCACUAUUUUAAUUCUU